AUGCUACACAUUUAUGAUAAAGAUCCCGGUUAUCGCACAUCAUUUCGAGCAGCUGAUUUCUACUCCCUACUGUCGGCUUACGAUGAAACCGCUAGUAGAAACCUCGGAAUAUCCCAAAAUAUUCAGGAUGAUGUUAGGCGACUUUCAGUUUUCCAAGGGAAAGGAAAACUUCCCAGGAAAAACAAGGAUGAAACCGUUUUCUCUAAGGAAAUCAACACUUAUGAAUAUGGCAGACCUAAAACACUUCAACCAACAUUAACAAACAAUGAUUUCAGAGAUAUUGCAAGGCCUAAUCAUGUUACUCCCGUUGGACUUAUUCAACAACACCGUAUGGGGUUUAGCAGUUCACUUCCACAGGCAUUGGAAAAAAUUAGUCUUGAGUUGCACAAUUCAAAACGAUGGAUCGACUCACCUAUCAGUACUAAUUCUAAUAUUAGUAGUAAUCAGUCAAAAACGCCAACCAAGAAUCAAGUAAAAAGAGUUGAAAGUUCACAAAAUACAAGGAAACCAAGCAUAAUUGUUAGACAAGUAGAUGCAAAAGCAGAAAGCAUGACUAUGGGAUUGCCUAAUUGCCGUGGUUUGCCAACGAUUCCAAAAACACCUAGAAUACUACGCACAAGGGUGUUUUUCAAUCAGAUAAAGAUGGGGCUUAAGGAACAUAUAGAAUGGCAUACAACUCAGUUGCAACAAGCAGAAUUGGAUCAAGAUAUUGCUUUAGCGAAUAAGGCAUCAGAAAAUGUCAACCAAUUACAGCAUAGAUUGAAUACAAUACGUUGUUUAGAGCAUGAAUACAUGAAACACUGGAAAUUGUAUAAAGAAUUAAGAUCACGUUCACAAGGUGAAUUAUUUUGUGAAUUGACUAAUUGUAAUGGAAUUAAUGGAAAAUGUGGAGUAGAAAAUGCCUACAGUUGUCAGCAUUCCUCUGGUACAGACAGUUUAACAUCCUUAUCAAAAAAUAAGCUAAGCAAAUCUACACUCGCCCUGACUGGAUGCAAUGAAUUCGAUUAUGCUCAACCAUCACGUAUCAAUGGUGGUAAUAUAAAUUCUACACAUUUUCAUCAUCAACAAAAUUCGAACAGUCAUUAUGAUACAUCGAAUUACUUACCGACAAUAUUAGAGAAACGUCCAAAAUAUUCUUCUCUAAUGAAUUUAAUCCGACACAAAUCUAAAAAAGCAACAAAUAACAAUAAUAAUAUUCCCUUUCAAAAUGAUAGUCGUCCACGUGCUGUUACUACAAUAGAUCCAAGAUAUUCAGCUCUACAGUCGAAUAAACAAAGUAACUCAGAUUUAUCAAAGACACCUCAAAUGUCUGCAACUCUUUAUUCGAACAACAACAACAAUCAUCAUCAUCAUCAUAGUAAAGGAUUAAGUCGAUUAAAGAGUAAUGCUCGUGAUGUAAUUUCGAUUGAUUCAAGUUUAAAACAACAACAAGAAGUAUUGAUUAAACGGUUAUGUCAGAUAGAAGCACAAACCGAGUAUCUGUCUGGUACACUGAUCUGUGAAGUGAUUGGAAUCAGUGGAUCCCUUUCAUCGCUGUCUAGAGAUAUCUUUAAAAUAUCAUUGAAAUAUGGUUCACCGGAUUUAUCUUCAGUCUAUGAAUUACAAUGUAAUGAUAAUACACCAGAUAUUCGACCGUUGUAUACAUCAACUAUACCAUUAAGUCAAAAAUCUGGUUCCAAUGAUAAGUGGACAAUUACUGGUCGUCUCUCGUCGACAUCUUUUUCCUAUUCCUCUUCUGUAUUAUCCCCUUAUUCAAAUAAUUCUUCAGCUAAUCUACAGACAACAUAUUCUGAUGAUACAGAUUUAAAAUUCCCUGCACAGAAAUGGGAUCAUACCAAGCAUAUAUUUAGUCCAACUGUCGGGGAUGUAUUAACAAUUAAAGCUGUUAUGACGAGAAGAUUUGGAAAACCUGAAGUGCUUGUACAACAGGCAUGUGAUAUAUUGAAUUUGUUAACCUUUAAAGGUCAUCAUAUAUCAGUUGGCCUUAAACACUUCACAGAUCUUCAGUUCCACUUUAUUCUUAAAUGGUGCCCCUUAGCAGACACAAAAGAUGACUGUAUGUUAUUUUACAACUUAUCAUCAGCUCAUUUGGCAACUUUUAUGGAUGAACAAAAACAGAAAGCAUCCAGUAUACGAUUUUUAUUAGACGAUGAAGAAUCCAGUGAGCCGUCAAUUAAAGAUGAUUAUCAUCGUGUUAAAAGAUCUCACACUGAUUCUUUUUCGCAUGAAUCACAACAUCGUCAAUACAAUGAUGAACAACAUAUAACUAAUCUGGUUAGAACUGAAGCUUGUUCUAGUGAUUUUAUUGUUCCACAAGAUGAUCCAGACUCUAGUGAUUUAGAAAAUAAAGGAAGUAUUACAAUUUUAACAGUUCGGUCAAAUAGAAUAACGCCUAGCAGACGAUGUAAUUCAAGCAGAUAUCCUUCAAAUAUUUCAAAAUGGAUUUCUCUUCCUGACCUUGAAAUAACACGUGAGACAAGUGAAUCAGAAAUAAAACCAUCUGAAGUGAAAGUGAUUACAGUACGUACACAGCCUCCUGAUACGGGAAUAAGAAAUGGUCAUCAGAUCAACGGGACUGAUACCCUGGCUAACAAUAAUACAGUUGUUAAUAAUCCCUCCACCGUCAGUAACAAUCUUUGUAAUUAUUAUAAUUACUAUGAUACUACACCAGAUGAUGACAACCAUAUUUAUAUAUCUGAAACAGUCAUAGGAAAACAGAAACAACAAAUUAAUGAAGCACAAAUUGACGAAGAAUCUUUAGCAAGUGAUGAAUACUUACCUGACAGUAUGAAUAUAACACGAACAUCACCAAUAACAAUGUCAGCAUCAAAACCAACAGAUAGUCAAUUAUUUAUUGAUCUAAACAAACUAAAAGAUAAAAUCGAUACCAAAAUGAAAAUACACUAUGAUCAACCAGAACUCCUUAAAGAUUUGAAUAAAGCACUUACAAAUCUUAUUAAACAAUUAGAGGAUAAUUCAUAUCGAUUUAAUCAACUUUCUGUUAUAGAACAAUCAGGAAAGACAAAUUUAUCAAAAACAUUUGAAAAGUCAACUGAUAAACAAAAUACUUUAAAAUCUUUAUGGGAAUCAUUAGCAUUUUUAGAUGAACCAGAAAAACCAUUGAAUGAAUUUGUUGAAGAUCGAGCAACAUCAUCUAUAUCAGAGUCAUCACAGUCUUUAAGAGUUUGUGAAAACUCAGGGAAACAGAUAAAUGCAAAUAUUGAACAAAUUAAAACUACUGGUUGGGAACAAUUGGAUUUAGCCUUGAUAUGGCAUUUAAAUUAUACUACACGCUUACUUGAUAGAGUUUAUCCUGAUCAUAUUUAUGAAAAUAAUUCACAAACAUUAUACUCUUCCGAUGCAUAUAUUCUUGAUGUUUCUGAAAAGCUGGUUAGUAAUAAUGGAUGCAAUGAAGCGCCAAAUUUAAUGCUUAAAUCAAUACAUUCAGCAUGGUCUGCACUUGCCUUAUCAGAACAGAUAAAAUUUUUCCAUCAAAUUGAAAAUCUUUGUCAAGGCAUAAUUAAUGAUCAAGAUACAGCUGAAUCAGAAUUUUUAUUAAAGAUUAUUGGUGAUGGUAAACCUUAUUCAACUGUACGAUUUACAUGUUUCCUAUCAAAAUUAAUCUGGCCAUUGAGUAGUAGUCAUAAUAUCUCACUGUCUGAAGAUAUCUCAUCAGCACAGAUUAUUUUUGAUCGUGAAGCAUUUCGUGAAAUAUUAUUAAAUUUUUUUGAAAAAGAAGUUGUUCCUAGAUGGUCAAAAGAUAUGGGAAAAGAAGUAAUUGAUCAAUUUAUUGAAGAUGUCCUCGAUCUUGAUGUAAAUGGUUCAGAUAUAUCUACAGUUCCUUUGACUCAUCUAAAUCUACGAUUAAAACUUUCUGAAAGAAUGGAAUCUUUACCCUUAUCAAAUUGUUUGUUAGAUUCAAAUAAUCGAGAACAAUACAAACAGUUCAAUGUGUAUUUUAUACAAUUACUUUCUUAUUUAGCUGGACAAUUACAUAUUCAAUGGAAUCUGGAAAAUGCUUAUACUUCUCGUACACUAUCAACUUUGCCUUAUUUCACUAGAGCAUUACAGCCUAUAUUUUCAUUAAAUAUACUAUUUGAAGAUGCAGGUGUCCACCUAUCACAAUUGAAUCAAAAACAAACUAUUGGAUUAGAUAUGCGAAGUAUUGAAUUAGCUGCUUGUCAUUCUACACAGACAUGGUUACGAGUUGCUGAAUUAAUUGGUAAUCAAGAUGAAGAAAUCAAUAAGAAAGCAACUAUGCUAUUAAAAUCUAUGAAUGAUAAGAUAAACAGAGUUUUCCAAUAUUUAAUGGAUUCUUCUAAACAAACCUUUCGACUGAAUGAUACUCCAACAAUCAAGAAGAAAGUAACCAACCCCAACAGCAUACAUCAAAAUUAUGAAUCAAAUUUUAGUAGAAAUUCAAUCCAGUAUCCGAUAUUCUAUCUAGCCGGAUCACCUAUUCACAUACAAUAUUGUCUAAAGAAAAAUAAUAUUCACUAUACUCCUGCUACUCCGCCUUAUUUAUUAUCCCCUAUAUGGAUGAGUAUGCUAUGGGGUUUGGAACAGAAAUCCAAUGGGAUGAAAAGAAUAGCUGCUUUAAAAGCUUUAAGUAUGCUAAUAGAAAGUGAUGUCACGGAGAAAUUGAAAACUACAUCAAAUCAUCAUCAUCAUAUAAAUAAAUCUUAUGGACAGUAUGAUAAUUCAACUGAUAAAGAUAAAACUUCGAUGUUAUUAAAGCUGUUGAAAAAUAUGCGUUCAAAUGAAACAGAUCCACUGGUGAAAGAGGUUAUGUCACAAGUUAUUGAUAAGAUAACAAUACAAGUAAAUAAUGAAUCACAUCAUGAACAGAUUUCCAAACCUACUCGUCUCCUAAAAACAAUAUGGACAAAACUCAGUAAUGCAGAAAAUCUACCCUCUAAACCAUCAUAUAUAUUCCGAUCACAAUAACUCAUCACACUGUCUUUUGGAUAGUUAAUGUAUUUCUUUCUCUCUCUCUCUGUCUACAUAGUUUGUACAGC